CUCCGCGUGGUCAGUUGGAUAGUUGGUUUGACGGUAACAAGAAAGAAGAAGGACCGUAGGUCAGGAUACACAGAACAAUGGCACUCUUUCGUUUCAGUGCAAAACGGUGUUUGGAAUUUCAGAAAUUGACUUCCACGGUGUUCCUGAGACCGUUAUCCGACUCCUCCACCGAUCUGAGGAAGGUACUGGCCGAUAAGAUCCCGAAGGAGCAGGAACGCGUGAAGAGCUUCCGGAAACAGCAUGGAGCCACGAAAGUCGGCGAGGUCACCGUGGACAUGAUGUACGGUGGUAUGCGUGGAAUCAAAGGUCUGGUUUGGGAACCAUCGGUGUUGGACCCGGAAGAAGGUAUCCGUUUCCGUGGCAAAUCGAUCCCCGAGUGUCAGAAGCUUCUGCCGAAAGCAUCCGGUGGCUCGGAGCCCCUACCCGAAGGCUUGUUCUGGCUUUUGAUCACCGGCGACGUUCCCACGGACGCCCAGGCGAAAGCGAUCUCGCAAGAAUGGGCGUCGAGAAGCGCCCUGCCCGAUCAUGUUGUCAAAGCUUUGAACAAUUUCCCAAAAUCGCUUCAUCCGAUGACCCAAUUCUCCGCCGCCAUAACGCUUCUGAACAGUGAGAGCGAGUACGUCAAAGCGUACACGAACGGCGUACACAAGACCAAAUACUGGGAAACGGUCUACGAAGACUCGAUGAAUUUGAUCGCGAAAUUACCCGUAGUCGCGGCCACGAUAUACAGAAAUCUUUACAAGGGAGGCAAAGGCCUGGGAUCCGUGGACGCUGGCAAAGAUUGGUCGUGGAACUUCGCGAACAUGCUCGGCUACGAUAACCCUCAAUUCAUCGAGCUGAUGCGCUUGUACUUGACGAUUCACUCCGACCACGAGGGUGGAAACGUGUCCGCGCACACGACCCAUUUGGUUGGCUCCGCUCUGUCCGAUCCGUACCUGUCGUUCGCGGCUGGUAUGAACGGUCUGGCUGGACCACUCCAUGGUCUCGCGAAUCAAGAAGUAUUGGUAUGGCUGGAGAAACUCCGUUCUCAAGUUGGGGACAGUCCCAGCGACGAUAAACUCAAGGACUUCAUCUGGAACACCCUGAAGAGCGGCCAAGUUGUGCCCGGGUACGGCCAUGCUGUGCUCAGGAAGACCGAUCCUAGGUACACUUGUCAGAGAGAGUUCGCCUUGAAACACUUGCCAGACGACAAAUUAUUCAAGCUGGUUAGUCAAGUAUACAAGGUAGUUCCUCCAGUCCUCUUGGAGACUGGCAAGGUGAAGAACCCAUGGCCGAAUGUAGAUGCUCACUCCGGUGUCUUGUUGCAAUACUAUGGAAUGAAGGAAAUGAAUUACUACACCGUCUUGUUCGGUGUGUCUCGUGCUCUUGGUGUCUUAGCCUCUCUUGUUUGGGACCGUGCCCUCGGCCUUCCCAUCGAGAGGCCCAAAUCUCUUAGCACCGAUCUCCUCAUGAAAGCUUGUAAAGCUUAGACAACACCUUUAUUUAUAAAAGAAAAAAAGAAAGAGAACGGAAUCAGAAUCAUUGAAACUUCUAUGUUCGUGUUACACCAUCAUCAUAACUUCCACAAAACGAGGAACUGACUGCUUUGAAUCAUGGUUACGAAUGUUAUCGAUGCACGAAAACUUGUAAACCUCGAGCUCAUUUCGAAUUCAUUUUGAUAUGACUUCAACGAAGUCGUUUUAAUUGCUGAGUAUUACUGAGACAAUACAAGGCUAGGUAUUAGAAACAAUAAUUAAUCAUCUAACGUAAUAAUGUAUUGUUAAAACGUAGACAUUCUAAAAUGAAAUUUCGUGGCGUUUUCAUAUUGUAUAAACCUUCACCGAGAAUUAUGCAUUCUAUCGGCGAUGCAGUAAAUGUGGCGAAGUUUUUGCACUAUAAAACCACGUAUAUAAAGUAUAGAUUGGUCCAGUAUACAUAGUAUCAACCUUCAAAUCAAUUACGAGAAUACAAUACCACGCGUUAAUAGUAGACACGGUUCAUUGUAAAUAUAUUUGUCGCUUUACGUUUAACUUAAAUAGUAACAAUUUUAGAAGUAAAAGAAAAACGGUACACAGAUCAUCAUAAUGAUAAUUGAAACGAACCCACUAAAAUAAUCGGUACAAAACUUAGCUGUGUGCAUAGUUAACAUAUUGCAGACACCGUCUGUCGUUCAACAGACACUGCCAGAAAAAUAUCGGAAUUUUUAGGAUGUAAUGGAAUCACAAUAAGUGUCUUCACUUCGAUCACUGUAGUAAUGAUACAUUACGUAAGAAAUUACUUUUUUGGAGAGGAAAAUCGCAAGCAGCUGCUCUUACGAAAAUAUGAGUAUGUAAAAUAGAAAAUGAAGUGCAUAGAGCUAAUGAAAAAUGUAACCAGUGUUGCUGUAUUAGCGCACCACGUAUUGGUUUUAAAUUCUUUUCAGUACACUAAACGUACAUGGCUCAAUCGCAUCGAGUCACUACAAUUUACAUAAAUUAAAGAAAAAACGAUGACCAGUGGUAGAUCCACUGUUAAGAGAAUGAGUGAGUGUGUGCGAUACUUUAUUUAUAACGAACGUGAAAAUAAAUAGAUCUUUAGAAAUCAUA